CCCCUCCCCCUCCCCCUCCCGCUCUCGCUCUCGUGCGGUCGGCUGUUCACAUUCCCUCAGAAGUACCAAGAAAAUAUUAACAUUCAAUCGCAAACUGCCGUCGGACAGCAUGGCUUCAGGAGUCACUGUUAAUGAUGAAGUCAUCAAAGUCUUCAAUGACAUGAAAGUGCGAAAGUCCUCAACCUCAGAUGAGGUAAAAAAGCGCAAAAAAGCUGUGCUUUUCUGCCUCAGUGAAGACAAGAAGAAGAUUAUUGUAGAGGAGGGCAAGCAAAUCCUAGUUGGCGAUAUUGGAGAGACAGUUGAUGACCCCUAUGCCUGCUUUGUAAAGCUCCUACCUCUGGACGACUGCAGAUAUGGCUUGUACGAUGCCACGUAUGAAACGAAAGAAUCAAAAAAGGAAGACUUGGUAUUUAUAUUUUGGGCUCCUGAAGGAGCACCAUUAAAAAGCAAGAUGAUAUAUGCUAGCUCUAAAGAUGCCAUUAAAAAGAAGUUUACAGGUAUCAAACAUGAAUGGCAGGUCAAUGGCUUAGAUGACAUCCAGGACCGCUCGACCCUAGCAGAGAAGCUGGGGGGUAAUGUGGUUGUAUCUCUGGAAGGGCGACCAUUGUAAACUGUAAAGACAUGCCAUCUGGAUUCCACACGCUUUCUCUCUUAGCAGCUGUAUCUUUUGACCUCGAAGGAAUAGUUUUAGGUUGUCUUUACUUUUUUCAUAUGAAGGAAAUGUUGCUAACAUCAACAAAGAAUCUACAAGUUUAUUGCCAGCUGACAUUUUUUUUUCCUGGUAAUUUUUGUAUGUCCCAAGGAAAGUUCUCUCCUAGAGUGGUUUGCCAAAAAACAACAAAAAGCAUCAAUAUUAUAAUUUAUCAGUACUCCCUGCGCAAGCAUAAGAUGUUCAAAGUUUCUCGUUAUAUGAUUUAUUGCCAAGGUGAUGUAUUCUACCUUAACAGAUGUGAGAAUGCUUUCUGGUAAUGCUUCAAAGGGAUGCAUUAACCAAUAGCAAGCACUUUGCACUCAGAGUUUUGAAAUAUUUAUUUGAACUGUUCUACCUAAUCUGGCUUCUUAAACAUGGCAAACACAUAUUUAAUACUAUGCAGAUUUAAAAGCACUUUUGUUUGUACACUACAAUUUGAGACAAAACUGGCAAGGGGACUAUGGAAUUCCUGUGUUUGUCACUGGAUUGAAGUUCCACAGUUUUCAUUCCUGUAAUGCAUAUGGACAACGACAGAUCAAUAUUAACUGUUCUGUUGGAGGUUUGCUUCUAUUUGGAUGUACAGUACAGGACUGAAUAAGCAGAAGGGGGUGCUGCUUGGUUAUUGUUUUCUUUUUUAACACUAAAAAGAAUGCAAGUAUGUGUAAAGAUGGCAAUAUCUGCAUUUGUAGCCUUAAAUGGAACAUCAUUUUUUGAGAUCGAUCCAAGUUGCCACUUUGCAAUAAAACCUUGUGGCAUACAA